CAAACCCCAAAACCCCUUCGAAACUCUUUUAGGGUUUUCUUCCCCAAAUUCCUAAAUUCAAUCUAUGUGAAUCCUCGUUCUCAUGCCAUUUCACUCCUUCAUCUCUCUCCGAUACGCUGCAUAAUCACGUAGAUUUCAAUUUCGUCAUUUUCAUCAUCAAAGAAAAUCAUCAUUUUCUUCUUGUAAAAACUCUUUAUCCAAGAAAAUGAGCAUUCCAAUGGAGAUUUCAGUUUCAGAAGCUCAGUCAACAACUCAACAGGGAUUAAUUGAUAACUCUAAAGAGCAAAACGGUUUAGAUUUAGCGUCUGCAGUUCCUUCGACGAUUGUUCAAGAACAAGUAUCAGCUUCUCCUGUUAUUGCCGAUGAUAAAUUCCUAGUUUCAGUUGAAGUGUGCUUGAAACCCUCAAGUACUGCUCGCUUGGAUGAAGUUCGCAAAUCCGUUGAAAGGUACUUCGUGAUGCGUAAAUGAGUCAAAGGGAGAGUUGGUAGUAAUUUUUAGUUUUCUACUAGUCGUAUGCUAGAAAAGAGAAGCCUGAGUUACACAAAUGGUUCUGUUCCUGUCCCUAAUGAUGAGCAAUAUUUAAUAGACAAUGUGCAGAGGAUUUGUAUUUGUGACACAGAUGAAUGGGUGAAGAGUGGCGAGGUUCUUUUAUUCUGGCAGGUCAAACCACUUGUGCAUGUGUAUCAGCUUAGUGAGGAAGGACCUUGUGAGGAGUUAGGAGGAGACGGUCAAAGUUCUAGCUUUAAUGAAUGGACUCUUCCAGCCAAGGAAUUCGAUGGAAUGUGGGAAAGCUUGAUUUUUGAAUCUGGGCUGAAGGAAAGAUUGCUGCGCUAUGCAGCAAGUGCGUUGCUUUUUAGUGAAAAGGGUGUUAAUUCGUUCUUGGUGUCCUGGAACCGAAUCAUUCUCCUGCAUGGACCUCCAGGUACAGGAAAAACAUCAUUAUGUAAGGCAUUGGCUCAGAAACUAUCAAUACGGUUCAGCUCCAGAUAUCCACAGUCCCUGUUGAUCGAAGUUAAUGCCCAUUCUUUGUUCAGCAAAUGGUUUUCAGAAAGUGGCAAGUUGGUUGCGAAACUUUUUCAAAAUAUUCAAGAAAUGGUUGAGGAUGAAAACAACCUGGUGUUUGUCUUGAUUGAUGAAGUUGAAAGUCUUGCAGCUGCUAGAAAAGCUGCCUUGUCUGGUUCCGAGCCCUCUGAUUCUAUUAGGGUAGUGAAUGCGCUACUCACUCAGUUGGACAAAUUGAAAGCUUCAUCAAAUGUGAUAAUCAUGACGACCUCCAAUAUUACUGCGGCUAUAGACAUUGCAUUUGUUGAUAGGGCAGAUAUUAAAGCAUAUGUGGGUCCUCCACCCUUGCAAGCACGUUAUGAAAUACUUCGAUCCUGCGUGCAAGAGCUUCUAAGAACCAGAAUAUUGAAUAUUCUCGAGGAUAAUCCCGUUGAUGUCCUGACUUUUCCCAGUCUCAAGGAAAAGUUGCUGCCAUCUGAAAUGCUAGAAACUCAGGCUUCAUUGACAUUGUCUAGAAAACUGCUUGAAGUUGCAGAAGUAUGUGAGGGUUUGAGCGGAAGAUCGCUACGAAAGCUUCCAUUUUUGACGCACGCAGCUGUAGCUCACUCCUUUAACUAUGAUCCUGUCAAAUUUUUGUGCACAAUGAUUGAUACAGCAAAAAGAGAGCGUUCUGAGCUACCCGACUAAAUUUUGGUGUAUUAUUUGUAGUGGAAUCUUUUGUUGUACAAGGUGAAAUUUUAGGAAUAUACGUAGGGUUCUGUUUUAUCUAUUAAAUAUCACAUUCAUUGUAGUUUCACCGUUCUCUAUGUGAAUGAGUUUAUGAUUAUCUAUAAUAGAUUCUUUAAAUCAAAGACGGUUGAAAC